CUACUACUACUACACCUACUACUUCACCUCACCCCACAACUACUCCUCGGAAAUGUUCUUGGAUAAAGAAGUAUUAUGGAAAAUAUUGGGAAAAAUGUUUCACCCCACCAGCAAAAGCAUGUUGUCCUGAAGGAUGGACUCGCUUUCAGUCUCGUUGCUUCAUGUUCUUCCACGGCCCAAAGAAAUGGAUCGACGCAGAGCUCUCCUGCCAUGAGGUCGGUGGAAACCUGGCCUCUGUCCACAACAACGGCGAGUAUCAGUUCCUCCGAGACCUCGUGCUGCAUGUGACCAAAGAAAACUCGUACGCUUGGAUUGGUGGACAUGAUGCAGUUGAGGAGGCGGUGUGGCAGUGGAGUGACGGGACAGCAUUUGACUUUAAUCUCUGGGCCUCUGGAGAACCUGAUAAUCUCAAUGGAAAUGAACACUGCCUCCACAUAAACCAUAAAGAACAUCACUUGUGGAAUGACCAUCCAUGCUCACGUACAAUGUCCUACGUGUGCGCCAGACGCCAAAAUGUCAAGACUUACAGUAGUGAGUGCAGUGACAGUAACGAGAGUUCUCACAGUAGUGAAAGUCGUGGCAGCAGUGAAAGUCAUGGCAGCAGUGAAAGUCGUGGCAGCAAUGAAAGUCGUGGCAGCAAUGAAGGUCGUGGCAGCAAUGAAAGUCGUGGCAGCAAUGUCGUGCAGCAAUGA